GCAGAGCAGACUGCCUGGCCCGAGUUCCACAAUGGUGUGGCGGCAGGGCUGCGCCUGGCGCCUGGCACCCACCAGCUGACGCGCACCUGGGUGGUCUACAACAAGCCGCUUGAACCGAGCUACUCCCAUGCCGGAAUGCUUAUGGCACUGGGCCUGACCGGGCACCUCAGCUGCCUGGCUGCCACCGACCUGUACCGCUACCUGGCCCAGGAGCACGAUGCCACCAUCAUCGGCGUGCUGCUUGGCAUGGCAGCCUCCAAGCGGGGCAGCCAGGACGCGACCAUCAGCAAGACCCUCUUUCUGCAUCUGCCCACCCGCCACCCCUCGUCAUACCCGGAGCUGGACAUCUCGCCGCUGGUGCAGGCAGCAGCGCUGGCGGGGGUCGGCCUACUUUUCCAGAGCACCUGUCACAGGGUGAUGGCUGAGGUGAUGCUGGAGGAGAUUGGACGGAGACCUGGCGCAGCCUGCACAAGGUGUCGCGACCGCGAGGGCUAUGCACUGGCGGCGGGGCUGGCGCUGGGCCUCAUCACGCUGGGCAGGGGCAGGGCAGCGGUGGGGCUUGCUGACCUGCACCUCGAGGACAAGCUGAGGUACUUCAUGAUUGGUGGCUCUCAAAGCGGCACAGUAGGCACGCAGCAAGGCCUGGUGGCGGCAGGCGGCCAGGUGGUGCUGGAGGGCGACCUGGUCAACUUGGGGGUCACCUCACCUGCGGCGGCUCUGGCACUGGGCCUCAUGUACCUGCAAACCAAUGAUGGCGAGGUGGCGGCAGCCUUCCAGCUGCCCGACACCCACUUUGCGAUGGACUUUGUGCAGCCCGAUCAGCUGGCAUUGCGCAUGCUGAUGCGUUCACUAGUGAUGUGGGACAGCAUCCAGCCCACCGAGGAGUGGCUGCUGGGGCAGCUGCCGCCCCUGCUCAAGGUG